GAUCGUGGUAGCAGUUUCGUUUCCCGGCUGAGAGCUAAACAGUGUAUAAAGAGACAGGCUGAGCUCUGCCACACUGCAGCGGUUUCCACACUGUCAGAAAGAGAAAUGUCUGACCAAAAUGUCCGCAACGCUGGUUUCACUUCCUCCGGAAUCAAAGGGGGAUCAAUUGCUUCAUCGAUCAUGUCCCACGAAGCAAAAUCAUCUGGGGGAGGUGUGCGAUCUGGAGGCCCUACUUCUACUCUCCAAGGGAUGGGUUCCAAAGGCUCAACCCAUUCAUCAGGUUUUACUGCGAAAGGGAUCUCCAGUGGAUCCCAGGCCUCUAAGAUGAUGUCCCAGGAGGCCAGAUCUCAUGGAGGUGGAACUCCCAGGGGUGGUACAACCUCCACUGUCCAGUCCAUCUCAACAGGUGGCAAAGGAGGAAGGCGCUGAGUAGAAGAGAAACACCAGGCCAGAAGUUCUGCAAACCAUUUCAUCCUUUACCAAUAUAGUAUUUGACAGCAGCUCCGCUUCUUUGCUCCUCCUGUCACUAAAACAAAAGGCAAAGCCUUUUCCACAUGUACAAAUAAAGUUUCCUUUAAAACAGUGUA